AUCUAUCUAUCUCUUUCUCUCUCAUUUGAGUUGUUUGUUAUAGUCUAAAGCUGCAACAAUAAAUAAAUAGAAAAGGUGUUGAAAUGUACAUCCUUGGAAUUUUUUAAAGAAAUUUUCUUCGAAUUCAAAGCUUUGGGUUGUGGGAAAAGCAAUCUUUACUAUAAAAAGAAGGACUGAAACUCUUUUAUAUAAUUGCCCUUCUUUAUAUGGUUAUAUAUUUUAUUUGAGUGACGGAUGCGGCAGCCCUUUUUGCUGUGUCUGGGAGUGUAUAUAAAUUUGUGGGGUUAGGGAAAAGAGUGUUUUUUUUUUUUUUUUUGCAGGCUUACCGGCGGCGAUGCCAACGCCGGUGAGCACGGCCAGGCAAUGUUUGACGGAUGAGGCGGCGCGUGUGUUGGACGACGCCGUGGGGGUGGCGCGACGGCGGAGCCACGCACAGACGACGUCCCUGCACGCGGUAUCGGCGUUGCUGGCGCUGCCGUCGUCGGCGCUGAGGGAGGCGUGCGCGCGGGCGAGGAGCUGCGCGUACUCGCCGCGGCUGCAGUUCCGGGCGCUGGAGCUCUCCGUCGGCGUGUCGCUGGAUCGGUUGCCGACGGCGAAAGCCCUAGACGAGCCGCCGAUCUCCAAUUCGCUCAUGGCCGCCGUGAAGCGGUCGCAGGCGAACCAGCGGCGCCACCCCGACACGUUCCAUCUCUACCAGCAGCUCCAGCACCAGGGCUCGGCUUCGUCGUCGAUUUCCACUCUCAAAGUCGAGCUCAAACACUUCGUCUUAUCCAUUCUCGAUGACCCGAUUGUGAGCCGGGUCUUCGGAGAGGCGGGUUUCCGGAGCUACGAUAUCAAGCUCGCGAUUCUCAACCCUCCAACCCUCUCCCGCCUCUCCAGCCCUCGCUAUCCUCCUCUGUUCUUCUGUAAUUUACCCGAUUCCGAGUUCAAUAGACGCCCCUUCAAUUUCCCGUUUUCUAGGCUUCCGGGAAACGAAAAUGUUGAUGAGAACUCCCGAAGAAUCGGAGAAGUUCUCGCCAGGAAAACUUCCAAAAACCCAUUGCUAAUCGGGGCCUGUGCGAAUGAUGCCCUCAAUAGCUUCACGGACUGCGUUCAAAAGGGCAAAGACGGCGUCUUUCCGCAUGAAAUCAACGGCCUCAGAGUAAUCUCCAUCGGAAAAGACAUCCUCGAGUUUUUCCGGCAACCCGAGAGCGAAAAAAUCAUGGGUUUAAAGAUUAAGGAAGUAAGCGAUGCGGUGGAGAGCUGUAAAGGGUCCGGGGUCGUCGUGAACUAUGGCGAAUUGAAGGUGUUUGUUGACGGGGAGGCAGUGGAGGCGGUGAAGUAUGUGGUGUCAGAGCUGAGCAGAUUGGUGGAAGUUCACCGUGGCAAGCUGUGGUUGGUCGGAGCUGCGGCGAGUGAUGACGUGUAUAUGAAGUUCUUGGCUCGGUUCCCUUCUGUUCAGAAAGACUGGGAUUUGCAUCUGUUGCCCAUUACUUCAACUUCUCCACCUGGAGGACUUAACCCCAGAUCCAGCUUGAUGGGUUCGUUUGUUCCGUUUGCUGGUUUCUUCCCAACACCAUCCGAGUUUGAGAAUCUACAGAGCAGCAGAAGUCAAUCCCCUGCUCGUUGCAACCUCUGCAAUGAGAAAUACGAGCAAGAAGUUUCGACUCUUCUGAAAGGACUCGCUACUUCAGUUGCGGAUCAGCACCCUGCAAAUGUUUCUCCUUGGUUACAAAUGGCCGAAAGUGGACCGAGCAAUAGAUUGGUUGGGAUAGAGGCCAAAGAUGACAACGCUGUUUUCAAUGUCAAAGUCGUGGGGUUGCAGAAGAAGUGGAACGAGAUCUGCCACCGUGUUCAUCAUCAUGCACAGUCAUUUCAACCCGAUGUUUUGCAUGCCAGGUUCCACGUCUCCGGUGUUGAUACCUUUCACUCCCCCCCUCCCGCUAGGAGUGAAAGCAAAAGUAAAGAUUUGGUUUUAGACGAAAGCAGGUUGAGUGAUCAAAAUCCCGGCACACCCUUGUCCCUGCAAAAUCUCUCCCCGUCCAGUAAACAAGUCUUAUCCAAAUCAGUGAUCCGUGAAGAUGGUAGCGAUUUGCAACAAGUGGAACCACCCGCUAAGGAUUUGAAGCUUCAGCAGCCAAAAACGGGGAAUAUCUGGAACCCCGGUGCUUCUCAUCUUCCCUUGGAUUCUACUUCAUCCUCUUUGACUACUUCCGUUAGCACGGACUUAGGAUUGGGAACCAUAUACGUAUCCACCGAGAAAAAGCUUCCGGAACCAAGCUUCCAACAACAUCAUAAAGACCGCCUUCAGUAUUUCUCUGGCUCAGUUUCCUCCGAUAAAACUAGUGAGCAUGCCUCGAACUAUAUUACUCAAUCUUCUUGUAGCUUCGUUCCUCGGGUAGGAGAUAUGAAGGACUUUAAGUACCUGCAUAAAUCUAUUUCCGAAAUUGUUUACUGGCAAGAUGAAGCAAUUUAUGCGAUUAGCCAUACAGUAUCCUGUUGCAGAAAUGGACAAGGAAGGGGUCAUGGCCCUAACAAAGGAAACAUCUGGCUCACCUUCGGGGGACCCGACAAAGUGGGGAAAAGAAAAGUUAGUAGAAUGCUUGCCGAGAAAGUGUUUGGUAGCAAGGAUAGCCUGCUGUUUGUGGAUCUGAACUCUAACAAUCAGAUCCACCCCGCAAACUCUUUCUUUGACCGUCACGACUUGAAAAGUCGUUACGUGAAUUUUAGGGGGAAGACGGUUGUUGACUACAUUGCUGAUGAGCUAAGCAAGAAACGGCAUUCUGUCGUGCUUCUCGAAAAUAUAGAGAAGGCUGACUUUCUUGUUCAGAACAGCUUGUCUCAGUCUCUGAAAACGGGUAAAUUCCCGGAUUUGCAUGGGCGAGAAAUCAGCAUUAAUAACAUGAUGUUUGUGAUUACUACUUCAAAUGUUCCAAAGGCUCAAAAUGACUGCCUUUCUGGUAAAGAUUCUCCCAUGUUCUCAGAAGAAAGUGUAUUAGCAGCCCGAGACUCGCAAAUGCAGAUUAUCGUUGGAUCACGCACCAGAGAUGGCACCAGGAUCGAGAAUACAAACGUGUUCAUCACCUCUCGGAACAGGACUCUAACCCCGUUUUCCCUAAACAAGAGAAAACUGACUGACACCAACAGGGAGGCGUGUCAAAGUUCUAAAAGGGCGUUUACCACAUCAAAAGUUUGCCUCGAUCUAAACCUGCCCGUGGAGGAGAUGAUGGAAGAGGAGAACAACGACAGUGACAACUCUAACAGCGAGUCUGGGUCUGGCUCCGAGGGUUCCAAAGCAUGGUUGGACGAUUUCAAGGAGCAAAUGGAUGGAAACGUGACCUUCAAACCAUUCGAUUUCGACACAAUCGCCAAGAAAAUCUUGAACCAAAUCAACCACAGACUCCUGGAGACCGUCGGAUCAACCACCACACUAGAGAUCGACCUGGACAUAAUGACACAGAUCCUCGCAGCAGCAUGGCUAUCCGACAGAAAAGAAGGCGUCGAAGACUGGAUCCAAGAGGUUCUCUGCAGGAGCUUCAUAGAAGCUCAGAAGAGAUUCCACCUCACACCAUCAUCAUCAGAUAAAGCCAUAAAGUUAGUUCCAUGUGAAGGCAUUCCUGGAGAAGCUCAUCAUGCCUGUGGAAUUCACCUUCCAGGCAGAAUAUGUGUAAACUGAGCUUUGUUUUUUUGCAGGUAUAUAUAAAUAUAUAUAUAUAAAAAUGGGUUCUGAAUGUUUAAGAAUGUUAGUAGGAUUUGUCUGUUGAAGAAAUGCCUUUUUUGGGAUGUAUACCUGUAAUUUUGGUUGGGCCUUCAGUUUACUGUUGUAUCUAUAUUUAAAUAUUAGAUCAGUUGUUAUCAGUCCUUCCUAGUACACUACUGUUGUACAGACUACACUGUAGCAGUCAGUCUGCCAUUCUGGCCAUCUCUCUCUAGUCUCCCCCAGACAUUAUUCAAUUUAUUACUAACAAGAUAAUACAG